AUGGUUAAUGAUUGUUUGUGGGUUUCCUUUAAACAGCUCUCUGUCUGUGUUUCAGCUUUACCCUCAGAUGUACGAAAAGGGAUUGUUGUUAAAAAAGAGGACAAGGAGGACCCAGAGCCCCCACACAUUAAAGAGGAGCAAGAGGACCCAGAGCACCCACACAUUAAAGAAGAGCAGGAGGACCCAGAGCCCCCACACAUUAAAGAGGACCAAGAGGACCCAGAGCCCUCAUACAUUAAAGAGGAGCAGGAGGACCCAGAGCCCCCACACAUUAAAGAGGAGCAGGAGGAGCUGUGGAGCAGUCAGGAGGGAGAGCAGCUUCAAGGUCUGGAGGAGGCUGAUAUCACCAAGUUCCCAUUCACUCCUGUCCCUGUGAAGAGUGAAGAUGAUGAAGAGAAACCUCAGUCCUCACAGCUUCAUCAAAGACUAACUGAACAGAUGGAAACAGAAGCUGAUGGAGAGGACUGUGGAGGACCAGAACCAGACAGGAACUCACAUCCAGAUACACAUUUACAACCAGUUAGCAAAGAUGGGACUGGAGAGUUUUCAGUUGCUGAGAUUGAAGUCAGUAUUGAUGAUUGGAAGGAGACCAGAGAACCACGGUCAGGUUUAAACUCUUUGAAAAACAAUGGAGUUCCUGUCAGGGAGAAACUAUUUAGUUGCUCAGUGUGUGACAGAAGAUUUUUGUUCCGGUCAGAUCUGAAGAGACACAUGAAAAUUCAUACAGGAGAGAAGCCAUAUAGUUGCUCAGUGUGUGGUAAAGCGUUCCGUGAAAGUGGAACACUGAAGCAACAUAUGAAAACUCAUACCAGGGAGAAUCAUUUUAACUGCUCUGUGUGUGAUAAAAAAUUCUCAUGCAAGGCAAAUAUGUCAAGGCACAUGACAACUCACACAGGAGAGAAGCCAUUCAGCUGCAGUGUUUGUAACAAAAGAUUUACCUGGCGUUUACAGCUCAAAAAACAUAAAUGUGUUGGUCAUCAGACCUCACAGCUUCAUCAAAGACAAAUGGAACAGAUGGAAGCUGAUGGAGAGGACUGUGGAGGACCAGAACCAGACAGGAACUCACAUCCAGAUACACAUUUACAACCAGAAGCUGAGGACAAGACUGGAGACUCUUCUGAACCUGAGAUUGAUGACAGUGAUGAUUGUAAGGAGACAAGAGAACCUCAGUCAGGCUUAAACUUUCUGAAAAAUGAUCACGUCAGUGAGAAACCGUUUAGCUGCUCAGAGUGUACAAAAGGAUUUAGCAGCAAGGGAAAUCUGAAGGAACACAUGAGAAUUCAUACAGGAGAAAAACCAUUCAGUUGCUCAGUGUGUGAUAAGAGAUUUUUGUGCAAGGCAUAUCUGAUAAGACACUUGAGAUCUCAUGCAGGAGAGAAACCUUUCAGCUGCUCAGUCUGUAAGAAAUCUUUUACACACAGAGGAAAUUUAGAGAUUCACAUGGCAGUCCACACAGGAGAGAAACUGUUCAGCUGCAGUGUUUGUAACAAAAAAUUUGCCUGGCGCUGUCAGAUCAAAAGACAUAAAUGUGUCCAUAGUCAGUCCUCA